AUGUCUAUGGCAAGUGGCGGUCAGUUUGUUAAGCGCGAUAAGAUUCAUUUGGAUAAGAAUGCUAAAGGUGAAAGUUUCAGCACUCUUAUUCCUCCUCGUGAUGUCUUUGACGCUGACCGUGGUUUGCGCGGAUUGUCUGCUUAUCUACGUGAGCAGAUUAAUAGUGCGCUGCUGCUGCUGGAACUGCUGCAAGUGCCAUUUCACAAAAUAAGACUAAUAAGCAGAAUGAGAAGAUUGCUAGUCAGCAGAAUGCUUUUAAUAAGCCAAAUGUAUGAGCAGCAAUUAAAGGAUGCUAAGGACUGGUAUAAUGAGUUCGAAAGUCCUAUGGCUCUUCGUAGGCAAUGGCAAGCAGCUGGUUUUUCUCCUAUGGCUGCUUUAAAUGGUGGUAAUACUGGUAGUGGUAUGCAGAGUGUUGGUUCUGCUGAUGCUGCAUCUUAUGAAUAUCAGUCUCCUUUAAGUGGUGUUGGUGGUAAUAUGAUGCAAGCGGUUGCAGCUGCUAAUAAUUAUCUUUCUACCCAAGUUCAAAGAGAGAAAUCUCUUGCAGAGAUUGAAGCACAGAAGAUUCAAAAUCAGCGUGACCAAAUUGCUUUAGGUUAUGAGCGUGACAAUUAUGUUAAGGAUAAACUUGAUUCCCGUCUUUCUCUUUCUAAGGGAUUUGACCAUGGUGCUGCUGCUAGUAUGGAUAAUUAUAUUGCUAAUGGCCCUUAUGAGCGUGCCUUUAAGUUGUAUGAUUCUUAUAUGUCCCAGCGUAAGUCUGCUGAACUACGAUUGGAAAAUGCACGUGCAAAGAAUACUACUACUGACACUGAGCCUUUGCUUAAUCGUGCAAGUAUUGGUCUUACUAAUUCCCAGCGUGCUACUCUUGAUAAGAUGAGACCUAUUCAGUAUCUUAAUGAAAAAAAUAAGUAUUCUCUUGGACAACUUGAUAUUUCGAAUUAUAGCAAUAAUCAUGCUCGUGACUUUGGACUUUCUUCAGGUUCUAAUAAUCUUGUUGAUUAUUUCAUAAAAUUACUUGGUAUUAAAUGGGAAACUGACCCAUUGGCAGAUAAUGAGAUUUAUUAUGAUGAUGUUUAUAAUAAUUUGAAUAUUCCAAAGGAUAAGGCAUUUUUUAGGCAUUAUCUUAAAGUACCUAAGUUGUCACCGGUUGAUGUUGAGAACUAUGACUAUGUUGAAGAAGAUGAAAAGAUUUAUAGUGAUGAGUUGGCAGAGUUUCAUUGUGAUAAUGGAUUUUUGAAUUAUGAUGAUGUCCAAAAGUUUUUCAAGAGAGUUCGCCAGCAACUUAAAUAUUAUUAUGGUAUUGACUAUCGUGGCGGAGAUGUCCUUGCUGGUUCUCGCGUUGACAAUGAUGUGACGAUUGGCGCUGGUGAACUUACUCGCCAUUCUAAGUCACACAAUGUAAAGGGUUCUGCGCGUCUUGGUCAACUUAUGCCAGUCGACAUUAUGCAAGUUCUCCCAAAUGAGAAUUUUCGUGUCCUUGAUAGACUUCUCGCCUAUCAGUUAAUCGUAUCUAAAUAUUAUCGUGUUGACGACUAUUCGUUCGAUUAUUUUAACGAUGCGGAGAAUCUUGGUGAGGAGUUGGUUAAUAUGGAUUAUGAUAUUAACACUUCAACUAAGGGUUCAACUGCCACGGAUUCUAACCCUAAUAGGCUUUUGCAUGUUAACCUUGAUAUGGAUACUAUUCGCUAUGUCAAUGCAGCUACUAAACUUGCUGAGAAGAUGAAACUAGUAGGUAGUGACUAUGGAGAGCAGUUGCUUGCAGAGUUUGGCAUUAAACCAAGUUAUGCAAUAUGGAUAAACCUAUUUAUCUUGGUGGUCUUAAGACUACUCCACGAAUUGAUAAGGUAA